AUGUUAGAAAUAUGCUCGGGUUACAUCACAUCGGGAGGUCCUUAUUUUUGGGUAGCCAUGUUAAGUGAGAAGCGUUAUGCCCCAUUUGGAUCAUGGAUGACGGGUUGGUUUAAUCUGAUCGGACAAUUUGCUGUAACGGCAGGCAUUAAUUAUGGUAUUGCAUUGAUGCUGGCAGCUGUGAUUUCAAUAGGCACCAAUGGCGCGUGGGUGCCUACAGUGGGUGCUACUGUCGGGCUCCAUAUUGCUAUGUGUGUCAGUCAAGGCAUUGCAAACUCAUUAGGGCCUAAGGUGAUGUCUGGGGUGAAUUCGUUCAGUACGUGGUGGCAAGUGGUCGCUCCUAUUGUUAUCAUGAUCACCAUUGUUGCCAAAGCACCCACUCAUCAAUCAGCAAGUUUUGUGUUUACUCAUUUCAAUAAUGGCACAGGAUGGUCUAAUAAAGCCUAUGUGGCCGUCAUUGGUCUUUUACAAGCUCAGUUUACCUUGACAGGAUAUGAUUCAAGUUGCCACAUGUCUGAAGAAACCAAAAACGCUGAAGUCAGUGCUCCUGUAGGCAUGAUGAUGGCUGUAUUCGUUAGUGCUAUCAUGGGCUUUUUAUUUAUCCUUGCCUUCUUGUUCUGUAUUCAAGAUUUUGAGACCACAGUGGCAACCGAGACUGGAUUUCCCAUCAUGCAAAUCAUGGUCGAUAGUGUAGGACAAGCGGGUGCUAUUUGUUUGAUGGUGAUGCUCAUCAUCGCUUGUUGGCAAUGUGGGUUUGCUAGUGUGGCAUCCAAUUCAAGAAUGAUUUACGCUUUUUCUCGUGAUAGAGCUAUUCCCGGAAGUAAAUAUUGGCAUAAGAUCGAUACUAAAAGACACUCUCCUGUGAACGCUGUCUGGUUAUCUGUCACAGUCGCUUCUCUUUUAAGUUUACCUUCUCUAGGUAAUUCUACUGCUUUCUCUGCUAUCACUUCUGUUGCCACGAUUGGCCUCUAUAUAUCGUAUGCAGUGCCUAUUGUUGCUAAGCUUUUGAACAGGAAGCAUUUUGUUAGAGGGCCUCUUCAUUUAGGUCGUUUCUCUGAAAUUGUUGGAGUGAUUGCUGUUCUAUGGAUUGGUGUAAUCACUGUCUUGUUUGUUCUCCCACCCGUCUAUCCUGUGGAACCUGUCACAAUGAACUAUGCUUGUUUAGCUGUAGGACUUGUGUUUAUAGGUGCAUGCGGUGGUUAUGUAUUAGAUGCUCGUAAAUGGUUUACAGGACCCGUGGUUAAUUAUUCAGAAGACGAAGGCACACCCCAAACAGAAAAAGACUUUGUUGUGAAAGAUAUCGAACAAGGCAGUGACUCUACUCCUAUCAGUAGAACCAAGGAUAACAGCAUCUUUGUUGAGAAAGUAUCUCAUGUACAUUUAGAAAAGUAA